AUUCUGCAUACAGGCUCACAGGGGAGGGGCCGGGCCUCUCCACGCAGGAACUGGAGUCAGAGGCUUCCCCUGCAGCCUGCAGGGAGAGACCAUUAAGAAUGCCUCUCAGUGCCUGGUUUCCUGAGGUAUCCGAAGGUAGGCAGGCAGCCUGGAGCAAUCUGAGCACUUCUCACCCGCAGCUCUGCAGGAAUCGGGAUGCAGGCCAAAUACAGCAGCACACGGGACAUGCUGGAUGACGAUGACACCACCGUAAGCCUGUAUUCUGGAGCCUCCACUGUCACCAGACGGCCAGAGCCCAGGCAUUCAGAGAGUGGGACACCCUCAUCAGUUUGGCGCCCAGUGGCCCUGACCCUGCUGACCUUGUGUUUGGUGCUGCUCAUCGGCCUGGCAGCCCUGGGCCUUGUGUUUUUUCAGUUCUACCAGCUCUCCAAUAUCCAGCAAGACAGCAUCACUGAAAAGGAUGAAAGGCUGGGGAACAUCUCCCGACAACUGCAGUCUCUCCAGACACAGAACAGGAAGCUCGUGGGAACUCUGCAGCAGGUGGCUGUAAAACUGUGUCAGGAACUUUACAACAAGAGUGGAGGACACAGAUGCAGUCCUUGCCCAGAAAAAUGGAAGUGGCAUGGGGACAAAUGUUACCAGUUCUAUAAAGAGAGUAAAAACUGGCAGGGCUGUGAAUACUUCUGCCUGACUGACAAUGCCACCAUGCUGAAGAUAAGCACACAGGAAGAGCUGGAUUUUGCCAUGCCUCAGAGCUACUCUGAGUUUUUCUACUCUUAUUGGACAGGUCUCUCCCGCAAUGGCAGUGGUAAGGCCUGGCUGUGGACAGAUGGCACACCUUAUUCCUUUGAACUGUUUGAGAUUAUAAUAGAUCCCACCAACCUAAGAAACCGGGACUGUAUGACCAUCUUCAAUGGAAAGGCUUACUCAAAAGACUGCAAAGAGCUGAGGAGGUGUGCCUGUGAGAGGACAGCAGGGAGAGUGGUACCUGAGGUCCUCCUAAGUCAGCAUUUGAAUAAUACAAGAUUAUCUAUCGCAACACUCUAGCUGCUCAAGAGUACCAUCAACCCAUGGCUGAAGACAGGCUCCAGUUGUGACUGCUCCCAUAGCUGGAACAAUCUGUGGAAGGCAGCAUUCUAACUAAGCAAGCCAGGUGUUGGCAAACAGUGGAUGGCCCAGCGUAUCUUACAGCUGUUCUCAUUCAGCCCAGAGAGGGAGC